UGGAAAAUAUUCAGUCUGUUAAUAGUACAUACGUUUCUUGUCGUAUAAAAUAAAAACGAGAAAGCAAAAAGGUGUAAAAAAAAACUGAACAUGGACCAUGAUGCUUCCUUGCAUAAAAGAUAAGUAAUUUUACAUAUACUUUAUGUUCAGAUUUCACCUUUUUUUUUUUUUUUUGUUAUCUAACAGAAAACAAUUUUUUCGCUAAAAAAAAUAUAGAAAAUGCAACAAAAAUUUUCUCUACAGAAGAAUUUUACUCAAAAAAAAGAAUUAUAAUGAGACUAAUAUUAUUGAUGGAAAUAAUUACAAUAAGUAUUGUUGAGUCGCCAACUAAUUGUAAAUGGUUUAAGGAAAGUGAAAUUUUAAAUUGGAACAAUUUUUCAUUUCCAUAUGCUUAUAAAAUUGACAAUUCGACGAAAUUGUCUAAAAAUUUACAUAAGUUUAGAAAUUUGAAAAAUUGGGAUCAUGACGCAUAUUGGAUUUAUGGGAAUACUUAUACAGAUCUUUUUAUGCCAUUAAUUUCGAGCAAUUUGAAAAAAACUGGAAUUGAUCCAAUAGACGUUCUCAAUAUCACCGAUGUGAUUUGGAUGAAGGCACUUUUUAUUAAUUUUACUGCAAAAAUAAAUUUAAUUAAUGGGAGGAUAAAAUAUAUUUCUGAAUUGGAACGACAGGGAGAUGUAUUUAUAUCAUUUCCAACAAAUAAUUUUAUACAACUUAAUGUGACUGUUAUUAAUCCUUAUUUAUUAUGUAGAUUCAAUUAUGAUUUUCUAACGACAGUAUUUCCGUUUGUCUGGCACAGUGGAAAAUUGUUUGCAGAUGUGAUAAAUGUAACAUCAAAUUUACUUUUGACAUUGGAUUUAACAAAGCAAUUUAUUGAUUUGGAAAAAUUCACCAUUUUAGAUAUUGAAUCUGUGCAUGUUACACUUAACAAUAAUUUACCAAUAUUUGAUGAGUUUGCAUCAAAAAUAGUAAAUUAUUUACUACCAUUUUAUAAGAAAAAAAUAAUUCAAGUUAGCGAGAAGACAGUGUCGAAAGAAAUUUACAUGCGCAUAAAGGAUAUAAAUGAAAUAUUUUUUUACAAUUGACAAACAUUUUAUCUCCGUGAAAA